UACCCUCUCCACACUCCCGCGCGGAUCACGGCGUGAAAUCGCGGCGCGAAUCGCAGUGCGAAACCCGAAAAGUGUUCUACAGUUCCACACUCGCAGAUGUUCGCGCCUGCUUCACAGUAUAGUUCGCGCUUGAGACGAGUAUGGACGGUGAAAUUGCUACUGCUGCUGCUGGGCUACUUUGCGCUUUGGCAAUUUAUAAUUACGCCGAUAUAAGUAAAAGAAUAACAAUUAAGAAGAAGUGGAGAAAACGAAGAUGGUGGAUCACCACCAUCCACCGAAAUAGAACCAGGUAAUUAAUAUCAAGAUAAUAAUGGUCGCACGCAGCUCAGUGUCUUAUAUUUACUGCCAUCGCAGAUACUAAAAAACAAGUAUUUCACUUUUAGCUGUAUAAAAUGACAGUUGUGAUGAAGGCUUGAAAAGUGAAAUAUUCUGCUCAUGCUGCACUCACUUAUCAUGUACUACAAGGGCUAAUACUCGAUAACUUGACCUCUACCUUAUUUUUAGUCUUUGCUUUUUGUUACAGUGCUGUUAUGGAGAAGCAAAUAGAUGAAUUAGUUGCUGAACCUUCCGGUGAAUUCAAAAAGUUUUCCCGGAUGUCGUUAAAUGAUUUUGAAUACUUACUAAAUCAAAUUUCAUCCCAAAUUUCAAAACAAGACACCCAAUUAAGAAAAGCUAUUCCUGCCCAGAUACGUCUUGCUAUAACAUUGCGAUACUUAGCCACAGGAGAUAGCUAUGAAAGCCUUCAUUUUUUGUUCAAAAUAUCACCACAAAUAAUAUCAGAAAUUAUUCCAGAAGUUUGUCUAGCCCUAUGUCAGGCAUUGAAGGAUGAAAUAAGAAUACCGUCUUGUCCGGAAGAAUGGCUUUGUAUUGAGAAAGGAUUUGCAAGGAAGUUUCCUCGAGCAAUAGGAUCAAUAGAUGGCAAACAUAUUGUUCUCGACUGUCCGUUCAAUUGUGGCUCUGAAUACUAUAAUUAUAAAAGAACCUACAGUAUAGUAUUAUUGGCAUUAGUUGAUAGUCAGUACAACUUCAUAUUUGCUGACAUUGGCUGCCAAGGCAGAAUAAGUGACGGUGGAGUUUUCACCAAUACUUUGUUAUGGAACAAGAUAUGCACGAAUAGCUCAAUUUACCACCGCCGCAUCCUUUGCCCGGUUCAAAUAUUGAUGUUCCCUACAUUUUUUUGGGAGAUGGAGCCUUUGCACUUUCAGAACACUUAA